AUGGAUCCAAAAUUUACCAAAUUUCUCGAGCUAUCUGGAUUGGCUAUUUCGGAAAGCACAAAUCUAACGCCUAUAUUAGCAGACUACUGGAAUUUCACGACAUUCGCAGCACAGUAUCCUCAGAAUAUCGUCGAAUUGAAUUUUAUCAAGUGGCAUUUACAUGGCAGGCAGACAACGAUAACCACCUCUUCUCCUGCUUUACAAUUUCCAACACCGCAACCGCAGCAAAUAAAUACACCAAUCACACCUUUGCCUUUAAACCCGACGAUAAACUACCCUUCACCACAACCUCAGCAACAGAUAUCCACUCCUUCGAUAAACCACCCUUCACCACAACCUCAGCAACAGAUAUCCACUCCUUCAUCAUCACCAUUAAACAUGCCUCCUACCUCACCCGCCGCCGCCGCUGCUAACAUUUUAACACCCGAAUACACGCCUUUGCCGGAGAAACUUCAAAAGCUAAAAAAACACGUGAAUACUGUGGAAGGACAAUUUCACAAUUUCAGCUUUCAAAAACAAGAAGAACCCGAAAACAAAACCGUAAUUAUCGAUGAGAACUCGGGUACAGAAAACAACACUGGCGAGCAGUCAUCAUUCCCCGUACUGAAUACCUUCGACAUUGACACUAUCAUUGGUACAGAAAAUAUACCCAUGGUUUACACAUCGCCACCUAAACAUCGGGGAAAAGAUAUCGCUGUCGCACGAAAGAAAUUCUACGAAGACGAAGAAAAUAAAACCGAGCAGGAAAAAAAAAACCCACAGCUAGAAAGCGUAAACGCGAAUCCGGUCGUCCCACCACCGAUCAACAACUCGUACGAAUCGACGAAGAUUACAACGACCUGCAAUCUUUACAGUUGA